AUGUUGAGAGCCUCAAAGGUAUACAAUGGAGCCAUUCGCUCGAGUUUACAAAGUAAACAACCAUUAGGCACAAUCAUGACCAAGCGUUUUGAGACCACAGUCGCCCAAGAAACACCAAAGAAAUCCAAGUUUUUUGGAAAGUUUGUAAGCAUUACAGUUUUGUUAGGUGCUGGAUUUGGUGGAACAACUUAUUACGCGCUCCAUGACAAAGAGUUCCGUAAAGCAUUUACAACCUAUGUUCCUGGUGCAAAGGAAGCUGUUGAUUUUGCCGAGGAUGUCCAAAAGAAUUACAAUAUUGAUCAAUAUAUGAACCAAGCAUCUGACUGGAAGAAACAAGCUGAGGAUAUUGCAAAUACAGCUAAAGAAUACACCACAAAGAUCCAGGAAACAACCAACGGAUAUUACCAGGCUUUGACUGGCCAAAAGGGUAGUGAUUAUCCAGACAGCAAGCAUUUAGUCCCUGCCGAAGCAGUUGUUGAAAAACAUGCUUUGAGUACGCCUACUGAUACAGUAACAACAAUGAGCAUGACGAGUGACAAGGAAACAAAACCUGCAGUGGUUGAAGUUGCCAUCGAAAAGCCUGAACCUAUUCAAGUCAAGAUGAUCAAAUCAGACAAUACAAUCGUGCGUGAACUCUCGCAAAUUGUCGUUGAAUUGGCAUCCAUCUUAAACCAAUCUGGCUUGUCUGGCUUAGGAAGAGAAGUGAUCAAGGAAGCAGAAACAAAGAUUGAAAAGUUGAAUGAAAGCUUUUUAACCAUAGACACUGAACAAGCAGCUAUUCUUAAAUCUAUUCAAAGUCUCAAGGAAAAGGGUGAUAGAGUGGAAGGCAGUCUGGAAGAAUUCCGUGCAGAAGCAUUGAAGACCAUUGAUGAUAGCCAAGCUGUUGCUGCCUCUACCAUUAUCGCACGUGAAGCUCAAUUGAGAAACCAAUUUGAACAGACUCGUGCUGAAAUGAAGACUUCAUUUGCUCAACAGUUGGCUGCUGAACUUGCCGCUCAGCAAGAACAAUUAGAAAAGGCUCGUUCUGAAGCCUUAGUUGAGCAAGCCAACGAAUUGCAACGUCGUUUUGUGAAAGAAGUCAAAUUGCUUGUUGAGCAAGAACGCGCAGGUCGCUUGGCCAAGCUAGAUCAAAUAGCUCAGCGCUUCAAGGCACUCGAGCAAUACACACUCCAGAACUCCCAAGCCCUCGACAAUUCACGUCAAUCACACGUCAUCCAUAUCACAUUGAACGCUUUCCAGGAUACACUCAAUGCUCAACAAAAGCAACCCUUCGUUGAUGAAUUACAAGCUUUGAGCCACAAUGCAAAGAAUGAUAAAGUUAUUCAGACAGUACUGAAGGUUAUUCCCAAAGAACUUGCAGAGGAAGGUGUCAACACAGUGAGCGAAUUGGCUGUACGCUUCGAGGAAGUAGCUCAAGAAAUCCGCCGUGUUGCUCUUGUCCCAGAGGACGGUGGUUUUGGCUCACACAUCAUUAGCUCGCUCAUGUCCUAUUUAAUGUUUAAGAAAUCUGGCUUGGUUGAAGGCGAUGACGUCGAGUCUAUUUUAGCACGUACAGAAUAUUACUUGAAGAGAGAUAAUUUAGAAUACGCGACGCGUGAAUUGAAUCAGCUUGGAGGAUGGCCAAAGAAAUUGGCUCGCGAUUGGAUUCAAUCAGCUAGACGUCAUCUGGAAGUGAAACAGGCAUUAGAGGUUGCAGAAACACAAGCUGUUUUAUUAAGCUUAUUGGAAGUUUAG